AGCCAAAGCCAGGAGUCCGGACACCGACGUGAGUAACAGGAGACAUAGAGGAGUUUGUCUGUCAUUUUCGUCGAUUUCUCUUGUUUAUGGUGUAGGCAGUUGAUGAUUUCGUCCCCACAGUGAAUGGGAAGAAGAGAGAGGAGAGGAAUCCGUGAGAAAAGCGGGGGUUAAAGGUGAAAGAAGAGGAGAAAAGAGAACGAGAGAGAGAUCAUCAUCAGCUGCCAUCUGUCUGCUUGUCUGUCUGUCUGUCUUCUCAGAACAUGAAGGACAAUUGACUCCACCGCCUGGAAGGGUCUCGGAAGCCGCCAGUCCGUCCCAGCCGCCUGUCUUAGUGCCAACGCUUUGGGUCGCCUCCCUCCACUCGAGGAGCCCACCCCCAAUGCCUAUCUACUCAUCUACAAUGGCCGGCGAUGUGUGGGGCCAGUGGUUUGCUUGCUGCAUUACGCAACAGCCGCAGCGUCGACGUCGACGCAUUGAUCGCACCAUGAUUGGGGAGCCAAUGAACUUUGUGCACACUGGCCACAUUGGCUCAGGUGAUGUGCAAAUGGGAAACAACCAGCUGGUGCAACUGCAGACGCAAAUGAAGAGCAAAGGGGGCUAUGAACAAGCCCUGCCGCACAAUCACAUGUUGACGGUUGUGCCAGUGCAGAGAUCAUAGGUGUGUGUUUAUAUCUUGU